AUUAAGUGUCAAGGAGUCACGGGAAUGUCUAUCCUAGGCCCUCUCAUCAUUUCCUUACAAACUCCUUUAAAUCAUUUUAACCCUAUUCCAUUAGCUUCAUUUUAUCUUCUGCUGAUCAAACUGGAUCACAGCCCCUCAUGACUUCUACUUAUCAGAAUUACUCAGCUCACUACUCCCCCAAUCUUCAAGAGCGUGUCCUUUUUGGCUCUCCUGAUCGCUCUCCGGUGCUUUCUACUCGAGAUUUUUUCAGUUCGAUAACGGAUCAUGGUCAGGAUUAUUGUGGAUCAUUUUACCAGGAUAAGGUUAAUGAUGAUUUUGGUUCGAAUGGUGGAUCAUGCGAGCAUGUAGAGAAUGAGAGGAGUAACAAUGGACUCAAAUUCUCGAUAUGGAAGAAAGAAGAUGAUCAUGAGAAGAGUAAUAGUACUACUAAGUUUCAGGUUAAGUGGAUCUCUUCGGAGAUGAGGCUGAUGCAGAAGAUGAAAAACACUGAUCCAACAAAUGAUGAGAACUUGCCGCGGAUAAGUACUACUACUACUACUUCACUUAAGCUUGAAGAUCAGAAGCAACCAUGUUCUGAUCCUAUGGAAACUGACAACACGAGCAACAUGACUACAUCUUCAAACAACAUGAUCAGUAAUAUGAACCACCCAAUUAGGGUUUGUUCUGAUUGUAACACGACUAAGACCCCCUUGUGGAGAAGUGGACCACAAGGCCCUAAGUCACUCUGUAACGCAUGUGGGAUUCGACAACGGAAGGCCAGAAGGGCCAUGGCAGCCGCUGCAGCUGCAAAUGGGACAAGUACUCGGGCCGAGACAAAACCACCGGUACUGAUCAAGAAAAGCAAGACACUGCAAAAAGAUAAAACCAAGAAAUCAAGCAUACUUAAAUCUGCAUCAUCCUCGGUUGUUUCAAAAUUCAAGAAACAAGGCAAAAUGGCCGCAACUUCAUCUCACCAGGACAAAAACAAGCUUUGUCUCGAGGAUUUUUUGUUGAGUUUGAGCAAGAACUUGGCUUUCUACAAUGUGUUUCCGCAAGACGAGAAGGAAGCUGCAAUUCUCCUAAUGGCCUUAUCAUUUGGCCAUGCUCAUGGCUAGCAGCUGCCCGAUCGUGUUAUCACAUCAUCAGCAUUUUGAUAAGUUAAUUUCUGUCGCCAAAUUAGAACCGUUUUAAUAAGUUUUAUCGGUUUUUAUUAGCUAUAGCUUGAGUAGAUCGAGCAUGUGUGUGGAAGAAUCAUUAUGCGUUCAAGAAUAGAUAGUGAGUGAAGAUCAUAAGAAUAAAAUUAAGCUAUGGAGUAGUUUGCAGCUAAUAAAUUUAGUGUGGUGAGCUAUAUAGUUGAGCUAGUACUAUUAUUUGUAAGCUUGUGAUGAGUUGAGCAAUAUUUAAUAUAUAAUCAGAUCAUUAUGGAUCA